AGAGAGAAUUUGGAUUCAUUUGUGGAUUAGUUUUCAGAGAGUGGAAAAACUUUAUAAGAUGUUGGAAGGAAAAGGUGUGGUGGAAGAAACAGACAUGCCUUUGAAGAUGCAAAAUGAAGCCAUGGCAUAUGCUUGUGAAGCCCUUGAUCUCUAUGAUGUUUGUCAUUGUAGAUCUAUUGCUUGCCAUAUCAAGAAGGAGUUUGAUAAGAAUUAUGGAAAGGGGUGGCAAUGUGUGGUAGGUUCAAAUUUUGGGUGCUUUUUCAGCCAUACACCAGGGACUUUUAUGUAUUUUUCUCUUGAGACCCUUAAUUUUCUCAUCUAUAAGGGAGCCUCCUCUUAAUUUUACAUGUAUUUUGGAAUGUGGAAGAGUUGAGGAAAUAGAGUUUUUAGAUUUUAUAUAUUCCUAUCUUAAGCCACAACAAAAUGUUGUUUCUAUUUCAUUCAUUUAUUUUUCUCCUUUUUGUUAGGUAUGAUGUGUAUGAUUCACAAUUGUUGUAAGCUUUUCAUUUUUUUAAUUAUUAAAUUAAGAUAUCUCUACGUACA